UGGAGCGGGCCGCUCGGGAGCGUGCGGGCGGAGCAGCGGCGCCGUCGGUCCCCGUCGGGGCUCCGUGCGUCCCCGGCCCGUCCCUGGCCCGGCCAUGGCGGGCGCCAGGCCCGGCGUCCACGCGCUGCAGCUGGAGCCGCCCACCGUGGUGGAGACCCUGCGGCGCGGGAGUAAGUUCAUCAAAUGGGACGAGGAGGCCUCCAGUCGGAACCUGGUGACCCUGCGCGUGGACCCCAGUGGCUUCUUCUUGUACUGGACCGGGCCCAACAUGGAAGUGGACACACUGGACAUCAGUUCCAUCAGGGACACGCGGAUAGGCCGCUACGCCCGCCUGCCCAAGGACCCCAAGAUCCGGGAGGUGCUGGGCUUCGGGGGCCCCGAUGCCCGGCCAGAGGAGAAGCUGAUGACGGUGGUGGCCGGGCCGGACCCGGUGAACACCACGUUCUUGAACUUCAUGGCCGUGCAGGACGACACUGCCAAGGUGUGGUCCGAGGAGCUGUUCAAGCUGGCCAUGAACAUCCUGGCUCAGAACGCCUCCCGGAACACCUUCCUGCGCAAAGCAUACACGAAGCUGAAGCUGCAGGUGAACCAGGAUGGACGGAUCCCAGUCAAGAACAUCCUGAAGAUGUUUUCCGCAGACAAGAAGCGGGUGGAGACUGCGCUGGAAUCCUGCGGCCUCAAUUUCAACCGGAGCGAGUCCAUCCGGCCUGAUGAGUUUUCCUUGGAAAUCUUCGAACGGUUCCUGAACAAGCUGUGCCUGCGGCCGGACAUCGACAAGAUUCUGCUGGAGAUCGGUGCCAAGGGCAAGCCGUACCUGACGCUGGAGCAGCUCAUGGACUUCAUCAACCAGAAGCAGCGGGACCCGCGGCUCAACGAAGUGCUGUACCCGCCCCUGCGGCCCUCCCAGGCCCGCCUGCUCAUCGAGAAGUACGAGCCCAACCAGCAGUUUCUGGAGCGAGAUCAGAUGUCCAUGGAGGGCUUCAGCCGCUACCUGGGAGGGGAGGAGAACGGGAUCUUGCCCCUGGAAGCCCUGGACCUGAGUGUGGACAUGACCCAGCCCCUGAGCUCCUACUUCAUCAACUCCUCGCACAACACCUAUCUCACGGCGGGGCAGCUGGCGGGGACGUCCUCGGUGGAGAUGUACCGACAGGCCCUGCUGUGGGGCUGCCGCUGUGUGGAGCUGGACGUGUGGAAGGGGCGGCCGCCCGAGGAGGAGCCCUUCAUCACCCACGGCUUCACCAUGACCACCGAGGUGCCACUACGCGACGUGCUGGAGGCCAUCGCCGAGACCGCCUUCAAGACCUCGCCCUACCCCGUCAUCCUGUCCUUCGAGAACCACGUGGACUCGGCGAAGCAGCAGGCCAAGAUGGCUGAGUACUGCCGCUCCAUCUUUGGGGACGCCCUGCUCAUCGACCCGCUGGACAAGUACCCGCUGGCCCCCGGCGUGCCCCUGCCCAGCCCCCAGGACCUGAUGGGCCGCAUCCUGGUAAAGAACAAGAAGCGGCACCGGCCCAGCCCUCGCGGCCCCGACAGCUCGGUGCGCAAGCGGCCGCUGGAGCAGAGGAACUCGGCUCUGAGCGAGGGCUCGGCCACCACAGAACCCUCCUCGCCCCAGCUCGGGUCCCCCAGCUCUGACAGCUGCCCUGGCCUGAGCAAUGGGGAGGAGGCGGGACUGGAGCAGCCCAGCCUGGAGCCUCGGAAGUCCCUGGGUGAGGAGGGCCCGAGCCGGGGCCCCUACACUGACCGGGAGGAGGAGGAGGAGGAGGAGGAAGACGAGGAACAGGCGGACCCCAAAAAGCCGACCACGGAUGAGGGCACGGCCAGCAGCGAGGUCAAUGCAACCGAGGAGAUGUCGACGCUGGUCAACUACAUUGAGCCUGUCAAGUUCAAGUCCUUCGAGGCUGCUCGGAAGAGGAACAAGUGCUUCGAGAUGUCGUCCUUUGUGGAGACCAAGGCCAUGGAGCAGCUCACCAAGAGCCCCAUGGAGUUUGUGGAAUACAACAAGCAGCAGCUCAGCCGCAUCUACCCCAAGGGCACGCGCGUGGACUCCUCCAACUAUAUGCCCCAGCUCUUCUGGAACGUGGGCUGCCAGCUGGUCGCGCUCAACUUCCAGACCCUGGACGUGCCGAUGCAGCUGAAUGCGGGCGUGUUUGAAUACAACGGGCGCAGUGGGUACCUGCUCAAGCCCGAGUUCAUGCGGCGGCCGGACAAGUCCUUCGAUCCGUUCACCGAGGUCAUUGUGGACGGCAUCGUGGCGAAUGCCUUGCGGGUCAAGGUGAUCUCGGGACAGUUCCUGUCCGACAGGAAGGUGGGCAUCUACGUGGAGGUGGACAUGUUCGGUCUCCCCGUGGACACGCGCCGCAAGUACCGCACGCGGACCUCGCAGGGCAAUUCGUUCAACCCCGUGUGGGACGAGGAGCCCUUCGACUUCCCCAAGGUGGUGCUGCCCACACUGGCUUCGCUUCGCAUUGCGGCCUUUGAGGAGGGCGGCAAAUUCGUGGGGCACCGGAUCCUGCCCGUGUCUGCCAUCCGCUCAGGGUACCACUACGUCUGCUUGCGGAAUGAGGCCAACCAGCCGCUGUGCCUGCCGGCCCUGCUCAUCUACACGGAGGCCUCCGACUACAUCCCUGACGACCACCAGGACUACGCAGAGGCGCUCAUCAACCCCAUCAAGCACGUUAGCCUGAUGGACCAGCGGGCCAAGCAGCUGGCCGCCCUCAUUGGCGAGAGCGAGGCUGGCCCAGACCCGAGCCAGGAGACCCAGUCUCAGCAGCCUGGGGCCCAGCCGGCCCCAAACCCUACCCCUAGCCCCCUGGACACAUCCCCCCGGCGGCCGGCGGGCCCUGCCACCUCCCCCGCCAACACAUCCCUCAGCAGCCCAGGCCAGCGGGAUGACCUCAUCGCCAGCAUCCUCUCAGAAGUGACCCCCACGCCCCUGGAAGAGUUGCGGAGCCACAAGGCUCUGGCGAAGCUGCAGGGCCGGCAGGAGCGAGAGCUGCGCGAGCUGAUCAAGAAGCAGCAGCGCAAGGCGGCCGCGCUCACCCGCCGCCUGCUGGGCAGCCUGGCCCAGGCCGAGGGCAGCGGCCAGCCCCGGCCCGGCGUCCUGGGCGGGGCUGCCGUGCUGGAGGACGGGAGGCGCCGGCAGGAGUUCCAGAACCAGCAGGUGCAGAGCCUGCUGGAGCUGCGGGAGGCUCAGGCUGACGCAGAAGCCGAGCGGAGGCUGGAGCACCUGAGACAGGCGCAGCAGCGGCUCCGGGAGAUCGUCCUGGACGCGCACUCGGCGCAGCUCAAGCGGCUGAAGGAAGUGAAUGACAGGGAGAAGAAGGAGCUGCAGAAGAUCCUGGACCGGAAGCGCCACAACAGCAUCUCGGAGGCCAGGACCAGGGAGAAGCACAAGAAGGAGGUGGAGCUCACCGAGAUCAACCGGAGGCACAUCACCGAGUCGGUCAACUCCAUCCGGAGGCUGGAGGAGGCCCAGAAGCAGCGGCUCGAGCGCCUGGUGGCCGGGCAGCAGCAGGUCUUGCAGCAGCUGGCCGAGGAGGAGCCCGAGCUGCUGGCCCAGUUGGCCCGGGAGUGCCAGGAGCGGCGGGCCCGGCUGCCCCAGGAGAUCCGCUGCAGCCUGCUGGGCGGGCCGCUCGAGGGGCUGGGGGCCUGCGCCAGCAACGGGCACGCCCCGGGGAGGGGCGGGCACCUGUCGGGCCCCGGCUCCGAGGGCCAGGAGGAGAACACGCAGCUGUGAACUGGCCGAGCCGUGGCGCCGGGCGGUGGCGGGAGGCCACGACACUAAUGCGUUCUUUUUUAAAAAAAAAACAAAACCAAAAAAAAAAAAAAAC